ACUCCUACCACCGGAGAACAGCCACACCCAAAGCAGAGCCACAGCAGAGGUAAAAGGAACCACCCUGGACUAUCCCUGGACUCUCCCGGGACUCUGCAGAAGAAAGCACCAAGUCUAGACCCAGGACCAAGGGGACCUGAAGUUUAAACCUCAGCAGCAACAUGAACCUUUCAGACGCUCUCGGUGACUGGCCCGGAGGUAACCAAUCAGGAGGUGGCGGGGCAUGGCCAGGACAGAACAACAACCCUACUUGGCCAGCAGGUCAACCGACCAACCCCACCUGGCCGGGGGGUCAGCCCACUAACCCCACAUGGCCUGGAGGCCCCUCUCAGCCCUCUGCUCCAGGGGGGUGGCCCUCUGCCCCAUCACAGCCAGCUCAGCCCUCUGGCCCGGGGUGGCCCUCUGGUCCCUCUCAGCCCACCAACCCCUCUUGGCCCUCAGGUCCCUCUCAGCCCACCAACCCCUCUUGGCCCUCAGGUCCCUCUCAGCCCACCAACCCCUCCUGGCCCUCUGGUCCUGCUCCUGCUCCAGCCCCAAGUCCCAGUUUCCCUGUGGCUCCUCAGCAAAACCUGUCAGUGCCGUUCCAAAAAGACUUUCCCUCUGGACUCUAUGACAAAAUGCUCAUCACCAUCGCAGGAACCGUCAAAAAUAACCCCAACAAGUUCAUCAUUGACUUUUACGCCGGCUCAGAACUGGUAUUCCACUUUAACCCACGCUUUAACGAGAAUGGGAGACAGGUGAUCGUCAGGAACAGUGAGAUCGGAAAGAAGUGGGGCAAAGAGGAAAGGGACCUGCCACACUUCCCCUUUAGAUCUGGGCAGGGCUUUGAGAUAAAGAUCAUGGUGACGAACCACAGUUUUAAAGUGGCUGUGAACGGCUCUCACCUCCUGGAGUUUAAACACAGAUACAGCAACCUGCGCGCCAUCAACCGUAUGAUGCUCUACCACGACGUCACGCUGUCCAAGUUCAACGUGGAGAACCUGCCAUGAGCACCUUCCACACCUGAAACAGGAUAAAACUUAUAUCCUGUUUCUCCUCAUGAUGCCAUGAGGUAGAGCCCUCCUUCUCUAGUAAAGUUAUAAUCAUAAAAAUACCAGGGCCUUUAUUAGUAUUUUAAUAUAUAGGAGCUUUAAAUGUAUUUGAACCAAUGAUAUUUCAUCUUGACAUUUCUUAUGAUUAAAUGUUAUCCUUUAUUUUUCUAAAGCUGAAAAUCUUAAGACAAAUACAUUUCUAUUGUUUACAAUAAAGAUAUUUUGGACCAAA